ACUGAUGGAGACACAUGAGUUUUGGGUUUGUCCCCUCCAUGACACGUGGCAUGCAUCAGGGUACCAUCUACGUUUUCUUGCAGGUUAGUGUUCAAGUACGUGCUUAACGUUCAGACUAAAAUCAGCAUCAUGAAAACUUCCUCCGCUAUUGGAAAUAUAUAAAGCCUGGGAUUGUGGGAGGCAAAUAACGUGUUUUUGCCACCACUUCACAGCACAUGUCAAAUCGAAGACUCAACACCAGCUUCAGCGAAGGCGGGUACGAUUGCAGUUGAUCUGCUGUGUACAAACCUCGGAGGAAUCAAGCAAUUGGUCGGGUUCAAACUAAGGUAAACCCCUCAGGGUUUCGAGUUUCCUCAGGCUGGAUUGUGUACGUCCUGCCAAAUAAGACGAACGCCUAGUACAACCAACUCAGGCUACGUAGGCCAAGCGCUGGCAAGGCAUGAUGCUUAAAAGGCCUGCUUGACGACGAAUACUCUACAGAUGCCGAUGACCCGAAGGAAGGAAAAAUCUCAAGCCCAAAUUGAACAUGUGAAUGAGAGACGCAGAACCCAGAACCGUAUUGCUCAACGCCGCUAUAGGGAGCGGCAGAAGCAAUUCCUUGAGAAUGCCCAUAAAAUGUUGCUGGCCCACGAGGCCAUGCAAAAACAAUGCCAUAUGAUUGAACAGAGCAGCUAUAGCUCUUGGUUAGAUACUUCAUUGGAAGCAUCAUCGAGCAUAGAUCUUGAACAUUGCCUGGAUAUCGUUCCAGCAAAAACACAACAAUCCUCGAUUCAAAUUGGCACCUCCGGACGAAAUGCUAGUGUAGCUUACGGCAGUAAGUUGGGAGACUUGGACUUGGACUUGGACUUCAGGGUUCCUGGCGUAGAUAUGCCGGGGCCAGCACAGGCUCGUACACCGCCGGCGCCAAGCAAUGACACCAUCUACGUGAGGGCAAAUGAGCCUCAAGCAGGUAAAGAUACGUCUCCGCGAGCAGAAGUCGUCGCAACGUUUACUCCCGUCUCGCCGUCUGAUUUCUUUCAAUUCUCUUCAUCCCCUGGUUCGGACACAUUUGAUCCGCUGCUCGGUGUCAGCACCGAGUCUCUCGGCGAGCCGAGCACCAAUGUGGGUAUCAACACACCCUCGACCUCACAGUGCACCACGUCACCCUCUGGUCUGGGAGAAAGCAGAAGACUAUCUGCGCAUACUUCUCCAAACCCUCUCGAUAGCGCGGAUCAGUCUGGACCGACGGAAGAGGACGCAGCUUUUUCGCUCAAGUCACAAUUGGCAAGGCGCCCUUCCGCAUCUGGACAUCAUGAUGGGCCCGCCACUGCAGGACGGCACCUGUCACUGGUGGAUGACGACGAGUGGUCCACGCCGCUUCUGGCAGCCGCCGCACGAGGCCACGUUCAGAUUGUGAAGCUUCUCGCACAAAACGGUGCAGAUCUCGAGCGCAAGAGCAAGUCGGGCAAGUCGAGCCUUUUCUGGGCAGUGGAAAUGAGGCAAAUGGAAACCGUGAAGUGCUGUCUGGACUUGGGAGCCAACCUCGGAGCAGUCCAGGACGAGUCAGGGCUGGGCUUAUUCCACAGCGCCGUGCUGAAAGAUGACAUCUCUCUCCUCACGGUAUUGCUCGAAUGUUGUGCCAAUUUGGGUGAAAACGGGCGGAAAUGGGUCCAUAUGAAGGAUCAACAAAACCGCACGCCAUUAUAUUUGGCUGCUGAGCUGGGAAAGACAGAGAUCGCGGAGCUCUUUGUUAAGGCCGGAGCGGAUGUGAAUCAACGAUGAGGCAAAGUAUGUCUGGAACCGCCGACUAAAAGCAAAGCCACGGCGGCUUGUUCAAUUGGCUUGCGAAACCUGCCCUGGGGCAGAUGAACCUCUGUCACGAUAUAUAAGCUACUAUUACUGCCCACGUAACUAACGGUAUCGUUUUGUUACAUGACAGUUAUGAGCCC